GCGGCAACUCGGCGACAGGUCUCUCUACUCCAUUCUUCGUUCACACUCCACGUCCGUCUACCCAUUCUUACUCGCAGCGGCUGGCCUCUGCGUCCUGAUUUUUUCUGAUCUAUCCUGAUCUAUAAUCGAGAAGCAUUAUGGCUACCUACCGAGACCCUUACGCUGGCCAGGCGAGCCAGCAUCAACAGCAGUACCAAGACGGGCCAGAAUACAACUUAUACAAUACGCAUCAACCUCAUGGGACAUACGACAACGGAGGAUACGACGACGGUUAUAGAGAUGAGCCUGCAAUCAUUUCUGCCAACCAGUCUCAGGAGAGACUGGACCGCAAUAAAGAGGGAAAUGGAUUUGAGGAAGAUUAUGGCACUCCUAUUCCAAGAGCAAGGACCUCACGCAAUUUGAGAGCAUGGCGAUAUGAGAACCGAGGUCAGAUGUGGACGAAGGGCGGGCGCGGGAGGUGCAUAGGGAGAUUUUGUUGCUGCACACUCCUCGUUGCCGUAUUCCUCAUCAUCAGCAUCAUUCUGUCCUUGGCAUUGUGGAUUCGACCGCCCAGUGUUAACAUUGGUGACGUGCAGGCUCCCUCGAAUGGAAGCACGCUCCAAGAACUAGACAACGGGUUGCAGCUCAAUUUGAACGUCAUCAUAGGCGUUGAAAACCCCAAUUACUUCGCCGUCGAUUUCAAGAGUAUUAAGGCGGAAAUCUUUUUCCCAAUAAAUGAUACACUGAUUGGCAGCGGCCAAGCCAACAAUGUCAAUUUCCCCUCCCAUUCAAACACUAAUUUCACCUUCCCCUUCGACAUCAAAUACACUACCGACAUCGACCCUUCCCAGCAAAUCAUUUCUACCAUCGCGACGAAGUGUUUGUCUAAUCCUCAACAACAGCUCACAGUCUCGUACAAGAUCACCCUCGGACUGCGAAUCCUCCUCGUCACCAUACAUCCCACAAUCAGCAAUAAUCUGAGCUUCGACUGUCCUAUAUCAGCCGACGAGAUCCAGAGUGUCCUCAAAAACAUGGGCAUCAGUGGUCUGAGCUCCAUCUUAGGAGGCUCCACUUAGAAUUUUUCAUUCAGCUAGUUGCAUGCUUUCCGUUUGCUCACGCUCUCAUAUUGGACAAUGGACUUCGUACGCCAUGUACAAUAUCACGACAUCUGCGAUACUUGCUUUCUCGUUUACUGCUACUUUUUCUAACGGACAAUCAGACAUCAGGAACCUUGUCUGAGUAUGAUGGCCUUCUACCAAUGUCAAAAUUGUUCCAUGUUCUCCGAGU